AUGCCAUCAUCACAACACCAACAGCAGCAGCAGCAGCAGCAGAAGCUUACCGCUAACUUGCUAUUUUCAGUCACCACGAUAUGCCUUGGGUCUUUACAAUUUGGGUACCACAUGGCCGAACUCAAUUCGCCUGAGUUAGUACUUACAUGUAAGCGUUCACAACCAGGACCAGUGCCGUACAUGGAUUCAUUUUGGGGAUCUCGUGGAUACAUUCAAUGUAUACCAAUGACACCGGAUCAAAUUGGUCUAGUUACAUCGAUAUUUUCAAUAGGAGGGUUGGUGGGGUCAUUCUAUGUUGGACAUUUAGCUGACAAGUAUGGAAGGAAAUUAACUAGUUAUUUGCAUUGCGCAAUGUAUGUCAUUGGAUCGAUAUUGAAUGGUUUAGCCAACACAUUCUAUGGACUACUUUUUGGUAGAUUCAUAUGUGGGUUAGGAGCUGGAUCUGCUUUAGUCAUCACGUCUUUGUACAUAAAUGAGGUCUCGCCAACACAUACGAAGGGGUUAUUGGGAUCAAUGAAUCAAGUAAGUAUCAACGUUGGCAUAUUAUUUACACAAUUGCUUUCCCUUAAGUGGUCUAAUGACAAUGAUUGGAGAUGGUUAUUAAUUACUGCUGGAGUCAUUGCUGCAAUUAAUGUGAUUGUGUUGACGAUUUGGGUUGACGAAUCACCGAUGUGGUUGGUAAAUCAGGGCAAUCAUGAUCAAGCAUACACUGUGUUGCAUAGAUUAAGAGGGGGAAGCUAUUCUGGAGUUACAGCCGAAGUUAAUGGUUGGAAGACUAAUGACGAAUCUGCUGAGGAAAGCAAUUCCUUGAUGGAAAAUGGCGAACUAGACACAGAACAAGAGCUGUCCAAAAGUACUGCUACUUUAUGGGAAUACAUUACGUCCUCUGAAUUUAGACCUUCGCUCAUUGCUGCAGCUGGUGUAUUGAUUUUGCAACAAUUUGAUGGUAUAAAUUCGAUCAUUUUUUACGGAGUAUCUGUUUUGGUAUCUGUGUUUCCUAACCACUCAAUCUUGAUCAAUUGUUUGAUUUCGUUGGUUAAUGUUGUCGUCACGUUUGGAUCUGCCACCGUUGUUGAUAAAUUGGGUCGCAAGCCGUUAUUACUUACAUCGGUGACAUUCCUUGGUGUUGCAACUGUCUUGAUGGGCUUUGGAAUCAUAUGGACCAAUUCGAUUAUGUCAAUCGUGGGAACGUUUACAUACAUCACUUUUUUUGCCAUCGGUCUUGGCCCAAUCCCAUUUUUGUUGGUGGGUGAAGUGACUCAAACUAAAGCCAAGGCAUCGGCCCAGAGUUUUGGUACCAGUUUGAAUUGGAUUGCGACCUUCAUUGUUGGAUACCUGUUCCCAGUAUUGUUGCAUGCGACAGGAGGUUCCGUUUAUUUCAUAUUUACAGUCAUGUGUGGUUUCAGUAUCUGGUUUAUUAGAACUUACGUUCCAGAAACAAGGGGUAAACUGACGUAUGCAGAAGUUUGGGGUAGGUGA